ACCAGCGCCGGCACCAUGUCAGGACUUUCCGGAGCGAGCGACCUGUGGGUCGACCUCAUCGACGAAAACGAGUGGAACGAGUGGGAGGAGGAGCAGGAGGUCGCGGCCCCCGUGGAGCCCAAGGCGACCCCGCCCCGCAAGGCGACCACGCCCCGCAAGGCGAGCCCGCCCCGCAGAGCGACCCUGCCCCGCAAGGCGACCCCGACCUGCAGGCAACUGUCCUUCGCCGAGACGCUCCGUCCCCGACAGAAGCAGGAGCAAGAGCUAGUGCAGAAGCCCGAGCAGAAGCAGGCGCAGAGGCCCGAGCAGAAGCAGGCGCAGAGGCCCGAGCGGAAGCAGGCUGAGCAGCAGGCGCCGAAGCCCGAGCGGAAGCAGGCUGAGCAGCAGGCGCCGAAGCCCGAGCGGAAGGCCAAGCAGAAUGAGGCGCAGAGGCGCGAGCAGAGGCGGAAGCAGCAGCCCGCGCAGCAGGACGAGCCGUGCGGCGCCGAGUGCGCCCACCCGCCCAAGUGGCUGGUGGUCGAGGUGCAGGAGGAGUUCAAGGGCGUGGUGAUCGGCCAGCGCGGCUCGAGGCUGUUCGACCUGACGGAGAGGCACGGCGUUCAGGCGCGCAACAAGAAGGGCGACCCCAAGAUCCACGUGUUCGGCCGCGAAUGCCGCGCCAGGGCCUUCGUCGACGAGAUCUGCAGCAUCGUCGACCGCUGCAGGAGGGCGCGCAAGUCGGAGCGCAACAGGGCCGCACCGAGGGCUAGGGACACGCGCCAGUACUGAGCGGUCGCGUCGCCUCCAGCUGGCGCUGACGACGCGCAGACGUUGAAUAUCUUUCGGAAAUGAAGAGUUUUGAGUUUUGGUUCAAUGUGAAGAAUGUUUCAUUAAUUCUGAUUUAUUUGGUAAAAAAAGAAAAAA